UCUCAACCAGUGUUCAGAACAUCAGCUGGAGUCUACAGACAUCAGGAAAAGCAUCAGAAUCAUUUUCAAACCCCAACAUCUUUUUUACCAAGUGAAGUUCCACGGCUAAUAGCGGAGCCCAUAUUGAUGCACUCAGACUGGAUCUGACUACAGCUUCAAUGUUGACAAUGGAGGCAGAAAACGGGACCUCAACAAGCCCAACUGUCAACUUUUAUCAGGAUUCCCCCAGUCCUGUGAACAGUAUGCAGAAGAGUAAUGAAUACUUUUACAUCCUUAUUGUUUUUUCUUUCUAUGGUGUGUUCCUAAUGGGGAUGAUGCUGGUCUACAUAAGGGCCAAAAGGAGGGAGAAAGAACCUAAACUAUUGCUGCUUUAUAAGGACGAGGAGAAGCAGUGGAUGGAGUAUAGGAAAACUGCAAGUGCAUCAUCUAUAAGCAGAAUUCUCCAACCUCCUAACGUGCUCAAUGUCCUCCAGGAGAGUGUGGGACCAGCUUUCUCCUGCACUGCUUGCAAUCUAGAGGGCAGCAGCAUGAGCUCAGAGUCCUCCUCUUCCGAUGUCCACUUAACCAUCCAAGAAGAAGCUACAGAAGGAAUUCUUAAUGAAAGAACAGAAGAGAAGAACGAGGGCCUGGGGCAGACACCCUAGCGAUGUUAAAUGUUAGGCACAUAAAUUCACUCAGGAAUCUUUAAGAUCUCUGUACAUGAGAUAUGUGUCCAGUUUUUACGGUCAAGUUCUGUAAUGAGCUUCUGUUACAGGUUAGAAGCGCAAAUGCAGCACAUACACAUCCGUAAUUGUGCGGACAAUGGCAAAGCUGCUUUCCUUCCAGCAGCUUUGAAAUAAGAGAAUUCAAAGUCUAUGAGAUGACAAGGUUUUCUGAACUUGGCUCUAGAAGAAAUAACAACAACAACAAAAGGGCAAUGCCUCUUUCCCCAAAAUUGUUGGCUACAGACUGUAAUUGAGAAUGGCAUACACCGGAACUGGGCGAACAAAUCCUGCUUUAUAUGAAGUUUGUAAAGUUUGUAUUUCUGCAUAGGUUAGUUUUACAGAUCUAAACGCACAAUAAUAAGUACUCACUGGACCUACUGCUGUAUAAAGUAACAGCUAAGUUCUUGAUAUAUUGAGUAUCUGACAGCACAAAGACAUAUUUCUUGGUGUGUGUGUAGUCUCUCUGUCUCACUUCACUGUAAAUAUAGGUAAUGUCAUCAUAAAAUAUUUUAAGACUAUAAAAAAGGUAAAUAAAAUGGAGAAGUAAUUAUUUAUAUUAUUCUUAGAAUUAAAAAUGAAGAUAAACAUAUUAAAAACUGAUAGAUAAAUUAUUAAAUUAGCUGACUACUGAUAAAAAUCUUAAAGGGACAUGAAACCCUUUUUUGUUAGAUAGAACAACUUUCUGAUUUAGUUCUAACUUUCUAAAUUACUUCUAUUAUCAAACUUGCUUUAUUCUCUUGGUAUCCUUUGCUGAAGGAGCAGCAAUGUACUACUAGGAGUUCACUGAAAACAUCUGGAGAGCCAAUAACUAGAGUCAUAUAUGUGUAUAUUGGUUUUCAUCAAAGAAUACCAACAGAACAAAGUAAAUUUGUAAAUAGAAGUGAAAUUAAAAGUGUCUUAAAAUCACAUGCUCUAUGUGAAUAAAGGAAGUUACAUUUAGACUUUCCUAGCCCUUUAAUAGAGUUUAUAGUAUCCUACACUUGACCAGCAUUAGCUGAGUAACCUAUGCUAUAGCGCAGUUUAAUAAAAUGAAAUGUCUCUUGAAGAGAAGCACAGAUUUCUUCCUUCAAGAUAUUUAACAUCCCUGUGAGUCUAUUCCAAAUGUCUCCUGUAAAAGCUGCAGUCAGAGUUACAACUGAAGGCCAAAGUGUAUGGAAAAUUUCCUCCCGAGCACACAAAUUGCACAGCUUCUAGAGCUGAGCCCUGGAACAGCCAAAAAAAUAUGUAUCUGGAACUUCUCUGAAUGUUGUUUUUAAAAAAAACAGAAAUGCAAUGCAAACAUGAUAGGGGUUGUCUCUGUUUAGGGAGACUGUCGUGCAUAAUAGUUAUGCCUAAAAGCUACCAUAGCUGCAGUAGUUUAUGUUUCAUGAUAUAUACCUUCAUGUGCUUUCAAACGUAUCUCAGGUCUUUUGCAAAAUAUAGAUGAUCAAAAAAUGUAGCCAAAAUAUAGUGUUGCACGUUUUUGCAGUGCACAAAUACAUAUGUGUAUGUAUAUACACACAUACAUACCUUUAUGCACACACAGACACACAUGUGCGUACACACACCCUCAUAUACUGACACAUACAUACCUUUAUGCACACACACACCCUCAGAUACACACACAUACAUACCUUUAUGCACACACACACGUGUGUACACACACCCUCAUAUACACACACAUACAUACCUUUAUGCACACACACACACACACACAUGUGCGUACACACCCCCUCAUAUACACACACUCACAUAUACACACACAUUCAUAUACACACAUUCACAUAUACAGACACACAUACACACACACAGUCAUGUACACACACUCACAUAUACACACACAGUCACAGACACACAUACACACACAGCCACUGACACACAUACACACACAGUCAUAUACACACUCACAUAUACACAGUCACAGACAUACUUACAUUCACACACAGUCACUGACACACAUACACACACAGUCAUAUACACACUCACAUAUACACAUUCACAGACAUACUUACAUUCACAAACACAGACACACAAAGUCACAUACACAAAGUCACAGGCACACACCCAGUCACAUACACAAAGUCAGAGACACACACAGUCAUAUACACACACAGUCACAUAAACACACAUGUUAACAGACACGCUCACAUACACACACACACACACACACACACAUAUAUGUGUGUGUAUAUAUAUAUAUAUAUAUAUAUAUAUAUAUAUAUAAAUAAAUAAAUUAUGAGAUCCAUUUGUGGGGCUUGGUGAGCUUAUGUAGAGUCAAUAAAGUGCCUGAGUUUAUGAUCAAAUACACUAAAACCAUAUUAUAACCUAAUUUAUUUUUGGCAUUGUGUGAUAUCUUAACAGUGCUGAAUUAAUAUGUAAAAUACUGUAUAUAUGUCUUCCAGUGUUUCACGUUGUAGAUACAUUGCAUCUUGUGUAUUAUAAAUAAAAUGGUUUUAUUUAAAUAAAUACUUUUGUAAAAAAAAA